GCGCUUCUGCGAAGACAGGAGCUUACGUUGGAGAACAUACUGGCGUUCCUAGCCGACAGCCCACAGAACAUUGUGAGCCGAGUGGCGAGUGGAGUCAAGUGCGUAGAAAAGAUGUGGUGCGUUUGUUUCCCUCCCCCAGCAAAGAGCGAAUCACUUGAGGAUCUUGAUGCAAAAGCUUGUCACGAUCUGCCCGUUGUCAUUGCUCAAGCACACAUACAAAGAUGUGCUAACCUUGCUGCCAGGGCAUCCCGCAAACUGGCAACGAUGGGGGAGGGCUCAUCCGAAGCAGCUCCGGUGCCGAUGCGGCCGAACCAGGUGGCUAUUCACCAGGAGAACUGGGAGAGCCCCAGCCGACGUGCCACACCAUCGCCUUCGCGUAGUCCCAUGGCUCCUGCCAAGCCCCAGGUUAGCGCUGCUUCUGGAUUACCGCUCCUACCGCGGGGAAAGGACUCGCCAAAGUGA